AUGCAGGAUCCUAUUAACAUCUCGGAAAACAUAUCUGACAAAUCCUUUGUUCAGUACAGAACGAACUUUGGUGUCAACUUAGGCGGUUGUUUUGUCCGUGAAAAAUGGAUGUUCGAAAAUUCAAUGAUGGGUGAUGAAUGGAAUCAUAAGACUGAGCUCCAGGCUCUCAAGCUAGAAGUAGGAGCACGGAACCAUGAUGGCGCUCGUGAUUUCUUGGAGAACUUCUGGCGCGGCUUCAUGAACGAUGGUGACUGGGAUUGGAUUCGAUCCAAGGGAAUGAACAGCGUCAGAGUGCCAAUCGGAUACUGGAAUAUUGAUGGAGGAAAUUUUACUGGAGGCACCAAGUUCGCUCCAUAUGCUGAUAUUUAUAGGAACUCAUGGCAGAUCUUCAAGUCUCACUUUAUCGAGGCAGCAGCAAGAUUCAAUAUCUCUGUUCUAGUGGACGUACAUGCUUUACCUGGAGGUGCGAACGCAGACAGCCACAGCGGAGAAGAGCACACUGCUGAUUUCUGGUGGGAUGAAGGGAAGCAGGGCCUAAUGGUGGACGCAGUCCGCUUCAUUGCCCGUGACUUGAGAGGCUACAACAACAUCAGUGGAAUUCAAAUUGUGAACGAAGCUAUGGACGUCAAACCUAAAGACAGUCUGUACAGAUAUUACGAGAGGGCUAUGAGGGCAAUUAGAGAGGAGGACAACUCGGUUCCGGUUGUAAUCUCAGAUGGUUGGUGGACCCCGAAUUUUACUGGUUGGAUCAAAAACCUCCAGGGAGAUGACCAAAACUUUGGCUUUAUCUUGGAUGCACAUUGCUACCGGAUGGUCACUGGAGAAGAUAAAGGCAAGAGCGCCCAGCAAAUCACUGAUGAUCUUGAAGGAGACUUUGUGAACGGCUCUAAAUUUAUUACUGAUGAGGAGAAGAAGGUAGUUGAUCUCAUGCUUGGUGAGUUUACUUGCGUUCUUAGUGGAGAAAGUUGGAGUCACUCAGGCGUGAAUCCUGGUGAACGAAAUGAUCCAGGCAGAAGAGAAUUGGCAGCUAGAUUUGGUCGUAAGCAGAUUGAACUUGCAUUGAAAAGAACUCCUGCAGCCAUCUAUUUUUGGAGCUACAAAUUUCCAUACGAUUGGGGCGAAUGGGAUGCCAGAGAGGUAUUCAAUGGAUAUAUUGGGGCACCCUCAGUCUCAAUGCCACCGGGUGGUCUUUUCGAAGAACUUCGUGACGGAGAAUACAAUGGGCAUAUCAAAUAUUGGACUGACAAAGGCCUCAACUAUGAUUUUGACAGAUACAAGCUAGGCUUCGAAGCUGGAUGGUCAGACGCCUAUGCAUUUGCAGAGCGCGGUGCUAUGGUUGGGCGUAAACAAGCCCUCAAAUUUGCAAGAAAACAACAACACAUUCGAGAGAGAGGAAAUCUGGGUGAUAUCUGGCAGUUUGAACAAGGCUACGACAAGGCUUUGGAACAUUUUGCAAACAGGUGCUACCGGACCUAA